GCCGACGGCAUUGUCUCUGUUCAAUCCAGAGAGCCCAACUCCGGCGCGCUGUUUCUCGCUCGUGGUGCGAUCGCAUCCGAAGACAACAAAGUUGCACUGCACGUGCUUGAUCGCGCCUGCUCGCUUGUGUUCGCCUUCGUGCCUUGACGGUUGGAGUCUGCGAUGGAUGCUGCCUUGUCGAAACUGGCGAAAAAGGAUGUUCCGUACGCAAAAAUGAUUCCCGUUCAAAAGGAUAGCGACAAGAGCGAGUUUGUGGAAGCGCAGGACGAGAGGGGAAUGCCUACGGACACGAUGGACGACAUCGAGCUUAAGAAUGUUGAGCUGCAGUAUCCUCUGAUGAGGUCUCUCUCGAGGAGCGAUUCCUACACUCAGGAGGACCGCAUUGAAACAGACUUUGGGACCAUGGUUGUUGCAGUUCAGGGCGACCGCAACAAGCCAGCUAUUUUCACCUACCAUGACAUUGGAUUGAAUCAUGUCUCAAACUUCCAAGCCUUCUUUAACUACACUGACGUUCGAGACAUGAUGCAAAACUUCUGCAUCUACCAUGUUAACGCUCCUGGCCAGGAAGAAGGAGCAGCACCUCUUCCUGAAGGAUAUGCCUACCCUUCAAUGGAGACUCUUGCUGACAUGUUGCUGCUGGUGAUGAAGUUCUACAAAAUCAAACACUUCAUUGGAUUUGGUGUGGGAGCUGGUGCUUACAUCAUGGCCAAGUUUGCUCUGGAUCGCCCGGAACUUGUUGAUGCCUUAUUCCUGAUCAACUGUACUGCGACCAAGUCAAGCUGGACAGAGUGGGGCUACCAAAAGCUCAAUGCCAUGCACCUUCGAAGCUCUGGCAUGACUGCCUCCACACUGGACUACCUGAUGUGGCACCACUUUGGCAAGCUGAAUGAAGAACGGAACCAUGACUUGGUGCAAGUGUUCCGCCAGUAUUUCAACAAGACGAUCAACGCCCAAAACCUCGGAUUUUUCAUUGAUUCCUUCAUAAAGAGGUCUGACCUCAACAUCACCCGUGAAAUAGAUCCUGCAAAGAAAAAGAUGGUGAAGAACUUCAAGUGCUCCGUGAUGCUGGUUGCUGGAGCUUUGUCCCCACACCUUGAUGACACGGUGAACAUGAACAGCCGCAUGGACCCAACCACAUCAUCUUGGAUGAAGGUGUCUGACUGCGGAAUGGUGCUUGAAGAGCAGCCAGGGAAGGUCAGCGAGGCAUUGAGACUGUUUCUUCAGGGACUUGGAUAUGCACUGAACUCCUCCCAGAGGCGGUCUUCUGCAGCUUCACUCAAUGAAGCCCUGGAGAUGCGUCGUCGAUCCUCCCUCACUGCUUCAGCUCACAAUGCAGUCCCUAGUCUUGCUGGUCAAAAGUUGAGCUCAGUGCGUCAGACUUCACUCGAAGAGGAGGCCAACGCCAAGCAGGAAGUACACAUUGUUGAAAACCCCAUAAACCAGCAUCAGGUGAACUGCUAAGCAGAGGUGGAAAAACUCCAGCAACAUGGAGGGCCCACACAGGAGAGCUUUUUCGUGGCAGCACUCCAGCUGUAGCGUUGGUGUGCAAAGACUGUGUUGGUCGUUGGGGGGUCACAGAUGCAAAAGCAAAGGGACAUGAGCAAAAAAAAAAAAAACACGAAAAAAAAGUCAGCUAGGCUUAAAUGAUAAAGCUGCUGCUAGAAUUGCAUGUUAUCACGUUACAGAUGCUUGUUGGUGUACCCACACGUACAUUGAAGCUUGCACACUCGUGCCUGGUGGUAGUACAAAGCUUCGUUCAGUCUUCUAAGCUCAAAAGGCACUGACCCUAGUGUCAGACCUGCAUACAUGUAUUUUGUGAACUUUGCCCUAUUCUCAAGUAUGCAUUGAUCAGGGAAUCCUGGAUUCUUUUGGAGAGCACCUUAAGAAAGCAAAAAAUGCAAAAGCUGCACGUGUGCACCUACUUUUGUGCGUGUGACCAGGCUACAUCAGACUUGCAGCAUCUUGCAUUGAAGCUGUAGAGUAUAAAGUCUGUUUGGCUACAAAUAGUACAACGAAAGGGCUUCAGCGACAGUGCUUGCCACUGGGGCUGCUCCAGCCAGCUUUGAACAGUUGGGUAUGGAGACUGCAGAGGAGGACCAAUGCAUUGCUUGUUGAUGCUUUUUGUAAUGGUGCGUUAAGUUCACAAGGGUGCAGCUGUGUUCCUCGCAGGCUGGAGCAUUUUUAACACAUCCAGAGUUCGUGUGUGUAGGCUUGCUGCAUGCACCAGGGCUCAUGGUCACGUUAUGCAAAAACAGUGUUGUGCAUAUAAAACUUGCUCCCACUAAGAAUGGUUGUUGUUUUAACUGUCCAGUCUGCUGUCAUUGCUUGCUGAAAAGAGAAGGCAGGGACGUUGGGCUGUGUUGACAUUGCUUGUUUUGCUCUGACUCGCCCACCUAUGUCUGUUGUGGAUUCUGGCAAACUGAAAGUGCGCUAUGUGCUGUAAACAUUGCAAAAUGGAAAGGUUUGGGCAUGUAUUUUUUUUUUCCUAGUGAGGCCUUGUUUUGAAGGGCUUACAUUGUAGAUGGUGGUUGAGACGGUGUACUGUACACAGUGUAUACAUGAGUGAAGCCUACUAUACAAGAUGUAUAAAUGACGUACUUUUACUUUGACUAUGGGCAUAUGUUGCAUUGUAUGUUGUGUGUGCUGCUCUUAAAGAUUCAGCCGAAGAAAUGUAUUUUUAUUAUAGUUUGUUCCUUACAACUGCAUGUACAAUGAAUGCAUUUGUUUUACAUCUAUGCAGGUACAUGCACAUGGUACAAAUAAAAGCAAAAUCAUACACAUAG